AUGGCGGAAGACCGCGCCCGCCUCCAAUCCCUCACGGACGAAUAUCAAGAUCUCCAAAACGACCUCAGCAACCUGGUCUCCGCACGUCAAAAACUCGAAUCACAACAACAAGAAAACCAAAGCGUACAAAAAGAAUUCUCCACCCUCGCCGACGAUGCCACAAUCUACAAACUCGUCGGACCCGUCUUGUUGAAGCAGGAGACGUCCGAGGCGAAGAGUACGGUGGUGGGAAGGUUGGACUUCAUCGGGAAAGAAAUCGCACGGAUUGAAGGAAACAUCAAAGACAUACAGACGAAAUCCGAGGAGAAGAAGAUGGAGGUGCGUAGCUGA